CAGACUCACCAAGUGGAAAGAGCGAAGUAAACAAUCUGAUUCGUGUGUCUGCACUGCCCACUAUUUAACAAAUACGCAAACUUUCUCCUUUGGAUAGCAUACAUUCGUAUAGACCAAAUGUUCCCUUUGCAGUAGUUUGGGACUGAAAGGAGUAGAGAGUUCACGCAGCAGAGUGAGCGCGGACUUGGGUAUUUUGGCAGUCUGCUGCUACAUGUCUAACGGAAUGGCCACUGCAGAAGAAGGAAUCCAGGAAUCUGAUAUACCGCUGAGGGUGAUAAAUGGGUCAUCUGUGGAGCCCUCAGAGAGCACACCUCUAGGAGUGGAGGUGGAAAAAGACACUGUCCAGUCAUCCAGAAACAUUACCUAUUCAGAGACUGGCUGUAAGAAAAGCUGCAAUGACUGUAGUACUGUCGUUUGUUGGAAGUGUAGGCUUUGGAUGCUGCUUUUGGCCAUAUUCGGUGCCAUUGUCCUGGUUGUAAUAGUCAGCCUUGUGCUUUAUUCAGUGAUAUACACAGAUGAAGAUGAUAUUGUGGACAACAGUCUAAAGUCUACAGGAAAACCCCAAUAUUAUGAAGGAACAAUGAGACUAAAGCAGCUUGCAAGUGAUGACGUGAUGACCACAGACAAAGCAAAGCAGAUGCUUACAGAUGUGUACAACUCAUCACCUGCACUAGGUCGUUAUUUUGUGGAAGCCAUUGUAUUUGAAAGUAAUGAUACCACCACUGUAACGUACAGCCUGAAGUUUGCACUUCCACCUGACCACAGUCUGCUGCUGCAGUACACCCUGAGUGAGGAAGUGCUGGUCAAUGUCCUCAAACAGUAUGUCUGUGACCAAGAAGACUCUCCUGAAGGUGGACAGGGACUACAGAUUGAACCGUCUUCGUUGAUACUGACUGCUGUUAACAGAAGCUAUACUUAGGAUGUUUACAGCUUGAGCUGAACAGGCAGUGGAUCCUGACAACAGACCAAUUAAGAUGACUUACAAAACCUUCAGCAGUAUGGAAGACUGCACGUUUUCUCCAACAUUAUUUCCAAACAGUUGAGAAGUGUGUACUGUUCAUCAGCCUAUGACUAAAGGGAAACCAUAUUAAGAAUGAUCACUGGGGCAAAGACUGCCAUAUGAGAGAAGGACAUGAAAUGAGACAGGGUGGGUUGACUGCCACUGCUUAAACAGUGUGGAUGCCUUUCAAAAGAUAUGCUGGAUAUUGUAUGAAAUUAAUUUGAAGAGUGUAUCAAUUUCUCAUAUUGAAGCAGGAUUUUAGAAAUGGAUUGUGGGUGAGGAUUAUGUCAAAACCACCUAAAUUAUAAUUUUACCUGACACAGAUUUUAACUGAACUGCAUAUCAUUCAAAACCUUCCUUUGGAGUAUGUGCAAUUUAAAAAAAAUAAACUUUAUUACUUUAACUCUCA